ACAGGAUAGAGUUGCUCAGAUCACUCUGAAGUCUGAGGAGUGUCUCACUCGAUCCUUCCAGUAAGACUGUGAUCAUGACUCCCAUGGUGCAGCUGUUGUUGCUCCCACUCCUGCUCAGCAUUGCUGCUGGGACAGACCUGGAAGAAAAGAAAGGCCCGUUUGAGAACACAGAGCUGGAUGUGCCCGAGGGGACUCCAGUGCCUUAUCCCAUCCACCAGUUUCACAUGACUGAUCCCAGUGUAACUAACUUCAGACUUGGUGGAGAGGGCAGGGAGGACAUCAAGAUUUCAAAGGACGGAUGGCUGUUUCUGGAUCGGCCUCUUGACUGGUCUCGAGAUAACCAUUACAUAAUAAUGGUGGAGGCAUUGGCGAAUGAUGAAGUUGUGGACGGCCCAAUUUAUGUAACAAUAAAUGUGUUAGAUGUUAACAACAACGCUCCGUACUUCAACCAGAGUGAAUAUGCAGCUGUGGUGAGAGAACACAGCCCAGCAGGUGCUGCAUUCACGCGUGUGUUCGCAUUGGACCGUGACGACCCUCAGACCCCCAACGCUCAUCUGCACUACAGCCUGGUCAGCCAGAUCCCCAGCAAACACAACACCCUCAUGUUCCAGAUCGACCCUAAUACUGGAGAGAUCUCCACCACUGAAGAAGGAGAAAGAGCCCUUAAGGCCAGAGAAGGCAUUCACUAUGGCAGAGGAGAAGAUCGCAGCGUGGACACUCUGAAGGCAAAGUUUUCUGAAUACUGUCCAGCGCCGAGAAUCCCCUUUGAAGACAACCCCUUCUUCACCUGUGUGGAAAGAGCAGAAUUGAGGAGGAGAAAUGUGGACCCCAUUGAGGACCCAGAUUAUACCCUGAUUGUCCGUGUUGAGGACCUGGGAGGAGCAUCAGAGACUGCACUAAGUGGAAACACCAGAGUGCACAUUGUUGUGCAGCAAAAUCUGUGGGUCAACCCUGGACCAAUAACUAUGAAAGAAAACUUAGAGAGAGUGUACCCUCUAGUCAUCGCAAAGGUUACGUCUAAUGAUCCAGACGCCAUCUACAGAUUAGUGCAGAAGGAGCGAGGGCUGAAGUUCCCCUUCCAGAUCACAGAAAACGGAGAAGUCCUCCUGACAGAGCCGCUCGACAGAGAGGACAAGGACAUGUACAUCCUGGUGGUUCUGGCCGAGGAUCACACUGGCAGAGAAGUUGAUCCUCCCAUGGAGAUUCAAGUCAUAGUAGAAGAUGUGAAUGACAACAAACCAGUGUGUGAUCAAGAGGAGAGUGUCUUUGAGGUGCAGGAGGGAGAGCCUGUAGGUAGCCUGAUUGGACAGCUGGUGGCCCAUGAUAACGAUGAACCUGGCACACUAAACUCUCAGCUGACUUACACCAUUGUGUCCCAAGACCCUCCAACCGAACCCAACGCUUUCUCCAUUGACGCCGCCUCUGGAAGAAUUCAGUCCUUGCGUCAGCUGCAGAGGAGAGACCAGAGGAGCUUUAACCUCAAUGUCAAAGUGAACGACGCAGAUUUCAGUGAAGAGUGUAAAGUCAUCAUCAAGGUCAUAGAUGUCAACAAUGAGAUGCCUCUGUUUGAGAUGGAUGAUUACGGCACUUACACUCUGGCUGAGGACAUACCUGUGGGACACACAGUGGUGACCAUCAGAGCAUCAGAUGCUGAUGAUCCAGACAGUGGCAGCUCUAGAAUUGAGUUUCACAUCUCUGAGGGUGACGAUGAUAACAUUUUUGCUGUGGAAACAGAUGGAAAUGGUGUCGGCCAGCUUGUCAUAGUCAAGCCUCUGGACUUUGAAGCCUCUUCCACCUACAAGCUGCAGAUUGAUGCUCGUAACCCAGAGCCGCUGAUGACAGGUCUGGAGUACGGUGCUGAGUCCACAGCUAUUGUCGAAGUUUCUGUCACUGAUGUAGACGAAGCUCCAGAGUUCAGCCUGGACAUCCUGGAUGUGACUGUGCCUGAAAACACCACCAAGGGAUCAGUGCUGCUCACUGUGGAGGCCAAGGACCCAGAGGGAAAAGAUAUUGUUUUUAAGUUGGACGGUGACACUCUGGGUUGGCUAGAGAUCGAUGCUGCCACCGGAGAGAUCAAGACCAAAGACAAGCUGGACAGAGAAACCCUGGAGACUUUUGAAGUCACUGUCACCGUGUUUGAGAAGGAAAACCCAGAAAUGUCUUCUGAUCGUGUCCUGUCUGUAAGGCUACUUGAUGUUAACGACAACAUCCCCAAACUUAUUGAGAACAAGGCCUUCAUCUGUAUGCAGAAGCCUGAACCUGUCAUCCUCAGGGCCAAGGAUUCAGACAGCGCCCCCUUUGCACAGCCCUUCACCUUCACCCUGGGUGCUGGCAAGAAAUCUCCAAACUGGGCUCUGACAAUUAUUGACGGUACAACAGCUAAACUUUCCCUGAUUAAAAAAUCAACUGAGGAGAAAACCUUUAAACUUCCCAUCAACAUCAAGGACAACGCUGGCUUGGGAGUCACACAGUUAUUUGAAGUGAAAGUAUGUAACUGCACAGAGCUGGGUUACUGCUACAUGCCUCCAGACGUACGUGGCUUCAGUUAUGGAGUGGGACCCACUGUCGGGAUCUUGGUCGGCAUUAUGGGAUUCUGCAUUAUUGUCUUCGUCGUAGUAAUCAAACGCAUCGAAAAAGGAAAAAAGAAGAAAAAUGCAGCUGAAGAGGGAGAAAGGAACGCUAUGAUGUAGACACUACGCGCAAAUACAUACACAUUUUUAUUUCUAUGUUUUUGAAGGCCAUUUUUUAAGUCCAAUACCAAGUUUGUGUUAUAUUUUUUAGGGGUUUCCUUUUUACAACCAUAACUCUGACUUAGAGUCUGUUAAGUGAAAAACAUAAUAUCACUGAUGCUGGAACAGACAUCAGGAAUUGACUGUCCAAUAAUGUCUUCUACGUAAAAGCCAAAAGCAGAAGUGUCCAAAUAUGGCCUGAGGGCCAACUGUGGCCCUAGGCCUAUUUUGAAUUGACCUACGGCAAAUCCAAAAACAAAAUAAAUAUGGCCCACAUUGGAACAUGAUGCUUGUUUUUCAUUGUAUUGAACCUUUAAGCUUGAACAGUAGACACUGCUGCUCUGACUAUUCUGUACACAAACACUUUGACAUGAAGAAUUCAUCAACUUUUUUCAUAACUAAAUAGAGACAACAACAUAAAUGCUAAACAUAUUCAUAAUUACAAUAGUAAUAUCUGGUUUCUUCACGCCCUGAUGAAUACAGACAAAAGGACCACAACAGCAAACAGAAGCAUGAAUGUUUCUCACUUGCACCAUUACCUGCUCCAUCUCAAGGUCCGCUUUACAAAGCAUAUCCCACUAAUCAUCAUCAAACACCAAAGCUCCUUUGAAGUUUGGCAGCUUUUUGUUUUGUGUCUGAAUUUGAAGAUUAGCUGUUAGUCUUUCCCCUCUCUGCUACACAGAGCAUUGUUAUCAUCCUGACCAGGGGUGAAGCCAGGGGCUCCCCUGAGGUCUUAUUUGAAAAUCCGUAACAAAGAUUGGUUAUUUGCUUUCUCAUUCAUUAAUAAAAAGCUGUGAUAUAAGUUGUUUUUUCUCCUCUAAUCUUAGUCUAUCACUAAGCAGGUCUUUAACUACAAUAGAUUGGUUUUACCAACCCAAAUAGAGCUCAACAGUGCCUGCCCACUUUUCCUGCAGUGCUGCAGAGAAUCAUGGACCCCACCAAUUAGAGAUAUUGCUGUGACACUCAAGGAUUGUGGGUAUUGUAGUAUUUUUGGCUGAGAUUGUGAAUGUUUUUCUUAAAACGAGGUUAAUAUCUUGCUAACCUUCGUUUUCUACAGGAGAAUAUACCAUUGUUUCACACUCAGGUAGCUCAUCUUCAGUCCAGCUUGGGCACUUCUGAUAAUAUGGCUAAUAUUCAAAUCUGCUAUGGAGAAAAUUAAUGGGAUUUUUGCUUCUGGAACCACUCUGUUGCACACCAUACACUAAAGGCGGCGUAUAUCAAAGUGGCCCAGUCAUCCUUACGUUUUUCAGUAUGUGGCCCUCAAUGAAAAAGCUUGGGCACCUCUGGUGUAAAAUCUUACAAAGACAGACAUACACGCUUAUUUACUUUAGCUUAUUUUAUUUUAUAUUUAAAAGAAAGCCUGAUUAAUAAAUGUGGUGCUAAAUUAAACUGUGGUGGUCCCAUGCUAAUCGUACAUUUAUCAAGCUUGAUUGUAAUUUAUUUAAAUUACUCUCCCAGGCUCAGCUGGUUGUUCGGCAGUUUCAUCAUCUCCUCAUGAUUUAAUUUGUUGUUGACCCACAGCUUGUUUGUUUUUCUCGACUCCUCAGACCAUGUUGAAUUCUGUAUAACAGCUUGAAUAAUCUUUAUGAGACAUUAAGAGAAGAAUGUCAUUGAAGCAAACAUCUGUCAACUACUGCUGUAUUUCCCAAUAAACAAAAAA